AGGUAACGAGGGGCGCGUGGGGCUCUGAAAGUGUGUGUCUGCUCAAGGGAAGAAUAAGGAACAAGCCCUGCUUUUGAUAGUAAAUAUACUUAACACUAUGCCCAGGUUUGGUAAAGGAAAAGCAACAAAUCCCUUACAGCUACCCUUGAGAAAUGGCGGAAGCAGUUUUCCACGCCCCAAAGCGGAAAAGAAGAGUGUAUGAGAGUUAUGAAUCUCCUUUGCCGAUCCCUUUUGGUCAGGAUGGUGGGCCUAAGAAAGACUUCAAAAUAUUCACUGCUGAAAUGAUAAACAACAAUGUAAUUGUGAGAAACGCAGAAGAUAUCGAGCAGCUGUAUGGGAAAGGUUAUUUUGGAAAAGGUAUCCUGUCUAGAAGCCGUCCAAACUUCACAAUUUCAGAUCCUAAGCUCGUUGCUAAGUGGAAAGAUAUGAAGACAGACAUGCCUAUAAUCACGUCAGAAAAGUAUCAGCGUAGUAUAGAAUGGGCCACAAAGCUCAUGCAAAGACAGGGGCAGGAUGAGAGUACAGUGCACAGAAUCCUCAAGGAUUACACAAAACCACUCGAGCAUCCUGGUAUAAAAAGGAAUGAAGAAUUUCAAUGGCAUGAUGAGCUGAAUUCUGAAACCAUUCCCAAAAUGGAAGGUAUUGCAGAUAGAGAGGAACUUUCUGUGAUGAAUGGGGGCUCGGAAAAGUCACUAGACCUGGAGGGUCCUAACGAGCAAUCAGACCACCUACAAGAGAGCUCAGGGCCUGACCCACUGACUCCAGAUGGCUUGGAUGAACACUUGGUAGAGGUUGCCACACUGCAGCACUGCCCCCCACCCCACGUUCAUUGCAGCAAAGAUGUUCUCCCCCGGCGUGACACUCAGCCUGGGGACAGGAGUCCCCAAGUGGAUCUCAUCUGUGCCAGAGAGAGAGGGCCCAGUGAUGAGUAUGUGCUGGUAGAGGAAGAUGUGUAUCAUGUGAGCGAGAAGCAAUGUGCCCCAUGUGAGGAAUUGGCACCAAAAAAGAGAUUAAUAUGCAGAAGAAAUCCAUAUCGGAUCUUGGAGUAUUUGCAACUUAGCCUAGAAGAGGCCUUUUUCCUGGUCUAUGCUCUAGGAUGUCUAAGCAUCUACUAUGAGAAGGAGCCUUUAACAAUCCUGAAGCUCUGGAAAGCUUUCCCUAUAGUUCAGCCCACAUUCAGGACUACGUACAUGGCAUACCAUUACUUCCGAAGCAAGGGCUGGGUUCCCAAAGUGGGACUGAAGUAUGGGACAGAUUUACUGUUGUAUCGAAAAGGCCCUCCAUUUUACCAUGCAAGUUAUUCUGUCAUUAUUGAAUUAGUCGACGACCAUUUUGAGGGCUCUCUUCGCAGACCUUUCAGCUGGAGGUCACUGGCUGCCUUGAGCAGAGUUUCAGUUAAUGUCUCCAAGGAACUUAUGCUGUGCUAUUUGAUUAAACCCUCUACCAUGACUGACAAGGAGAUGGAGUCACCAGAGUGUAUGAAACGAAUCAAAGUUCAGGAGGUGAUUCUAAGCCGUUGGGUUUCUUCACGAGAGAGAAGUGACCAAGACGAACUUUAACAAUUCAACCUCAGAAUUCUGAUUUACCAACAAAUACUGUUGAGUGUCCUAGAGUAAGCCACGUUCUGUGUGAGGUAAAAAGUCCUCUUACUAUAAUCGCCCAGUAAUUGAAAAGUUCUAAAGGGCAUGGCCCCCCCAUCACCAAAAAGCAAUUAGUAUUUUAAAAGAUAAAAUGACGCAGGGGAAAACAAAGAGCCCUCUGCUGGCCUUCAGAUUCUGUUCUUGAGUAAGUCACUGACCCUGACUGAUCCUGAAUUUCUCGUCUGUGGGCCCACAUCCUCACCCAUUCAGUAAGCACAUUGGACUAGAUGAGUUCCAAGAGGACUCUUCCAGCUAUAGGGGAAUUCUGUUACUCUCUGAUUUUACCUGACAAUGACAGUAGUUUACAUUUAUGUGACACGGUACAGUUUCCCAAACUCUUUUCUAUGCGUGCAUCUCAUUACUCACAUCCAGUGUGUUCCUGAGAGUGUGCCGGAAAGGAGACUUGGGGAUUAUAAGUAAGACUCUGUGUGCCAAUAUGUUAAAUGGAAAAAAUGAUGUGUCUCAUCUUUUCUAAGAACUUCAACCAAUUACUCAACCCUGGAAAAUCCACUUAUUAUCUGUCCAGGAUUUCUGUAUCAUAAAGCCUUUCAAAAACAUCAUCACCUAAGCAUUAACUCUCAGCUCACUGAUGGGCACAUUUGUAUCCAGUACACCACAAUAUUAUACAGUAUUAGAUAAAAAUUGCAUCUUGCUUCAGUGAACUUGUUUGUAAAAUAAAAAUAGGUAGUGAAAUAAUGUAUGAAGAUACAUAAUGAAUGCAGUUAGCAUUUAGUAAAACUCAGUAAACAAAGCCUUUUUCAAAUUGGUUACAUACCAAUGAAGGUUUUGCAGGGCAGCAGGGGUGGAGGGGAAGAUGAGCAGGAGGGAAACCAGUGACAGCCUGAGGGAAACCAGUGACAGCCUGAGGGAAACAGGUGUGUGAGAUUCGUCCAGUGUCCAAAUUCAAGGCAAUGGCAGUCUUCUCUUUGACACUGCAUACCCCGGAAGUGGACGGUGAGAGCUGGAAUGUUUGCAUUCCUGUGACGUGUGGUCUCGGAGCUUCCGGCGGCCUGAGAUUCCACCUGAUGUCAUUUUUGAACAUGGUGCUUCUGUUCACAUCAUGAUCCUGCUCUCGCAACAGAAGCAUUAGAUCUGCAUGAUCUACAUUUUAAAGAUUUGGCAUUCAAAUAAGGGAGCUCCUCUUUUUCCCUCGGAUGCAGACCAAUAUGAUUACCAAUUUGAAAGAGCCUCUCAGUAAUACGCCUUUUUGCUGUACGUUAGCGAUACUAGUAGCUCAACAUUUUUACUACCCGCUUUGCUCUCACCAGGCUCCUUAGCAAAGUCAGAGACUUGGCUUUCAAACAUCAUCACUUUUUUAAAACCCUGAAAGUCAGCAAAAAUUUCAGGCGCUAUUUUUUUCCCCAUUUCAUCUGUCAUUUGUGGUGACACUUCUCUCCAUACCCAAUCAGUGCGUCAUAUGCCUUGAUGGUAAAAACUCUUCUGCGAAUCCUUCAUCACAGUUCUGUCAUCCUGUGAGCACCCACAUCACCUGCUUAUCAUCUGCUAAUGUGCCUUCAUGUAAACUCUUAAACUGUAAAGGCUUCAUGUAAAGGCUAUAGUAAAGAUGUAGAAAAGCCACAAGACUACACAGAUACUACUUAUAAACGAAAGCUCUAGAAGGAUGUCCAAAAGCACCAUCUUUAAACAAGCCCUGUAUGAAAGAUUUUCCUCCUUCAUGUAUACCGUCUGAACAUGCUGCAGUGGGCCAUGCACUCUUCAGCAUUUCCCAAGGGCCCUGGGUUUCUGGAAUGAUGUACCAGCAAAGGUUUUGGGUUACAUGAGCCUCACAGUUACCAGCUAAAAGCAGUAUUAGCUUGUCUUUAGAUGUAUUAUGUCCUGGCACUUUUUUCUUACCUUCUGAAAUAAAUGUAACAGAUGGCA